UUUUCAAUCUUCUAUGGCACAAAUUAUAUAUUAUUAUUUUGUAUAUUAUUAUGAAAUAUUAUAAAAUUCUUUAUUUUAUUAUUUGGUAAUAAUGUUUAAUUGACGGAAGACUGUGUUUAGAAUAAAAUGCAUAAUAUCGUUGAAAAUGUGAGAAAAGGCUUAAGCAAAAAGGUUAUUAAAAAUAUUAAAUCCAUUGAAAGGCUAUAUAAACCACCUGAAAAGGAUUUUUUACCAAAUUCAACUAUUAACGCAACUUUUACCAUAGAUUCCAAUGAUCUUAUUAAGAAUUAUAGUUUACAAAAGACUAACAAAUCAGAUACUACACCAAUUUCAACUAAUAAUGAGAUAAAUCUGGAAAGUGAAGUAGUUAAUUUGCAGGAUAAUGAUGUAAAUAAGUUGUUGAAAAGUGUGUAUAAAUUAUCCAGUAAUGGAGUCUAUAAUGAUAGCCUAUGGCACAGAUAUGCUCAGAGAUUAAGGCUCAUCUCUUCCCUCUUACACCCAACUGAUAUUGUUACGGUGUUUUAUUCCUUUGGGAAAAUCAGGUAUAAAGAUACUCACUUAUUCAACACUCUUUUCCCAAUCCUUGUUAAAAAUCUACACACAAUUUCAGCCACAGGAUUAUCAAUAAUAAUGAAUAGUAUGAAGAAACUAGAAAUACGUAAUUAUGAUAUUCUUGAUUUAAUUACCAAUGAAUUUCUAUUAAAGAAUGAUAAGGCGAAUAUACAAGAUAUAGCAUUAGUAGCUAAUAGUUUAUCAUUCUUUAACAUGUAUCAUAUUAAGUUUUGGAACUCACUUUAUAAACUGAUUCUCAUUAGAAAUAGUCAAAUUGAUCCUCUGCAAGCUUCUCUUCUUAUUUCUUCUGUAGCUAAAUUGGAUAUUAGGAAUGUAUUAAUGUUGAGAUUAUUGAAGAGAAGACUAAGACCUGCGAUUGAGAAGAACGAGCUAUCACCAGAACUCGUUUCCUUGGUCCUACACUCACUCACAAAACUGGAUUUCGAAGCGAAACACUUUUAUAACUCUUGCUAUAACUCUUUUCAUCACUUUAUUCUACAGGAUAAAGUUGAUUUGCAAGGAAUUGUAUUAUAUUUAUACACAUCAAUUUGUAUAUUAGAACCGAAUCUACAAAUGGUUGAAAGAUGUUUGAACACAUUGAAUAAAUCGAGGGAAAGUUUAAAAAGUUAUAAAAUUCUCAAACUAAAGUAUAUAAUUGACCACUUACAACAUAAACAUCAGAACUUCAUUAAUGAUUUAAAUGAGGAUUUACAAUUUUUCAUCAAAUUUAUCAAAGAUCAAAAAAUCAAACAGAGUAAAAAAAUGCCUCGAUGGUGUUACGAAAUGAGCUUAAUAUUGAAAGAUUGUGGAGUAAAGCAUGAGAAGAAUAUUUAUUUUGAUUAUUUGAGGGCGGAUAUUUACAUUAAGGACUUUAACUUUGUUAUUUUAUGCGCUGGCCCAUACAGCUACUACACUAAAUCACACCAAUUGAACAAAUUCACACAGAUUCAUCAAUCCACACUUUCACUCAAAGGAUAUAAUAUUGGGAUAAUACCAUAUUAUGAAUGGAAUCGUUUAAAAACAAGAGAUGAUAAAAUUAAUUAUCUAAAUACUUUUGGACAAUUGUCUUCAUUAACACUUUUAAACUAA